AGAUAGGAGGGAGAGAGAGAAAGACACAGACGAACGUUAGUAAUGGAAGAAGAAAAGAAGAAUUAGAAGAAAAAGAAGAAGAACCAGAACUGAAGGAGGGAAGGAAAUGAAGGAAGGAAGACAGGAAUAAAAUGAAAUCGAGGUGGAAAGGAGGAAGGAAGAGAAAAAUAUUACCAAAGAAGUCCAGAUGAAAAGGAAAAGCCAAUAGGACCAUGAGGGAGCCAUUAAUGACCCUGGCGGCAGCUUUGGGAGUUAGUGUGUUGCUGGUAGUGGCCGCUCUCCCGACCCCAACCGUCGCCACCUCCACCGCUACUGGCGCUAACAAAGUCCCUCGGGAAGAUAAGAACUUCGGACUCAGACAACGACCUGCCGUUGGAGAUCCCGUCGUCAGGCCGUUUAGACGGACGCCGGAUGGAGACGAGGACAGGAGGUCAAGGUUGAAUUCGGAAGGCAGUGGACUGGGUGUCGGCAGAGCGUUAGUUACUCCACCCUAUGCAACGGGACACACUGGCAGCUCACGCCCGGGGGUCCCUCAAGUCGCAAUCCCACGUUUUAGAAGCCCAGUGACCUACCAAGAGACGAAAGCCGAACCCAAGCAAACUAAAGGGCCAACUACCUACCCGUUCACGCAGCCCUUCACCCCCUCAAGCCCUGUUUCCUUCAGCAGCUUCUCAUUCGCACCGUCCCACCCCCCGCCAGGCUCGAACACGGGGUCACGAGGGGGUCAUUCUAAGGUCAGGCCUCCACCACCAGCCAGACAGACGCCAAACCAUCACGCUUCGCCUUUCCCGCGGCCUGUACAGAUCCGAAACCCAGGACCAGGAAGCUACUACGAAGAUGAGAGGGAAAGAUACCCUCCUCCUGCUUACGAAGAGGAGACGCCAGUAGGUUUCCACGGAAGCUACGAACAGAAUGACGAAGAAGAGUACCCUCCGGCUUACGACGAAGAGGAAGAAUACCCUCCGACAUACGACGAAGAAGAUACACAAGCAGAUUUUCGCGGUAGCUACGAACGGGACAACGAAAAACAAGAAUAUCCUCCUCCGACUUACGAAAAGGAACGCCACUACGAAGAAAACGAUAGGGAGAAAGAACGCCAACGUCUCCCGACUUACGACUACGAAGAAAACGAGAGGAGGGAACAUACCCCAAGUUACGACGACGCCAAACAGUUCCCGGAUUACGACGACGACUACGAGGAUUUUGGAUACGAGGAUAGACAUGAAUUCCCCUACGAUAACCAGGAUUACGACGGCCCUCAGCGGUACGAAGACGAGUAUCACGGCACCACUCCGAUCUUCAGGGGACAAUACAGGCCCCAACAGACUUACCGACCACCGCAGGACCACAGAAACCAUCGCAACCAUCACGACAACCACGACGACUACCCUCAACCACUAUACAGAGGCCAGGACGAGGAGGAGGAAGAAGAAAAAGGUGGAGGAGGAGGAGGGAAACCGUGCAAGACUGUACAGAAGAACGAUAUGACUUGUGAGGUCUGCAGGGACGAGGAGGGAGGAUUCUCGGAGCACUGUUCGCAUAGCUCCAAGAACAGCCACGACGAAGCCUUCUCCUCCAAGCGACGCCAGCACAAGCGAGACGCCGCCACCUCAGCGCCAAGGCGGACCAAGAAAAGCCAAGGAAGCGCUGAUCCUUUCUCCCGCCUCCAGGACAGCCCCGAGCAAGCCCAGCGUUCCCAGUCUCGUGUGGGCGCCGCCGAGGAGAGAUCAAAAGUAUCCUCCAGACCAACCAUCAACAAGACUCCUGAUGCCCCUAAUGACGCUAAGAACUCCCCCAGUCAAGGUCCAUCGUCCCAGCCUCAGCGUCAGGGCGGCGGCGCGGGGGCUCUUGAGAGGCAGGACACGGGCUUCACCUUUCACGACCUUGAUGACUAUGGCUUCAGCGACGACCUUCACGACUUCGGUUUCAGUGAGGGACCCGACCAGCGUGACCUAGAUGAAGACCACUACGGCUACGACUUCGGGCUUGGGUUUAACGACCACCACGACCACCACGACCACCAGCAGCCUGAGUUUUACGAUAUGUCGGUCCCCCAGUACUCGGCGUUACCACCUCCACAGACUCACGCCGCGCUCAGAGACACACACGCCCGACUGGAGGAAGCCAUGGACCAGUUUAUGAGCAAAGAUCGGACGUCGUGUAAGAAGGUCUCGAGGCGCGGUAUGACCUGCUACCAGUGUCCUCGGGGUAAGGGUGCCGCUGAAGAGGAGUGUAUGUACGCCCGCAUGAAACCAGACGGCCAUGACCUUCACUACUCCGAGGAGAGCACUUACGGUACCUCCUCCUCCUCCUCUUCACCCUCUUCCUCCACCUCCUCCUCUUCGAAGUCUCCGUACGGCUCCUCCUCCUCUUCCUCUUCUGGACUGCGAUCUCUCGGUUAGAUUUUUUUGUUUAAGUCUACGGAGAUUUCUUUCACAUUUCAUCACUAGAAGUUGUAGUAGUAGUAUUCGUAGUAUUCGUAGUAUUCGUAGUAGUAG